AUGGGUCUUUCCGACUUCUUCAACCAGAGCCAGGCCGAGCGCACCAUCAACGCCGACCCCAACAACCCCGAGCACCAGGGCCACCUCUCGCACGAGCUCAUCGGUGGUGCCGCCGCCUUUGCCGCUGCCCGCGCCUACGAGCAGAAGCAGGAGCGUGAGGGCAAGCCCGCCAACCACGCCCUCGCCAAGGAGCUCCUUGCCGCCUUUGCCGGUGCCGAGGUCGACAAGCUCGCCGAGACCAAGGGCCUCAGCUUCCUUGACCGCGAGAAGGCCAAGCACGAGGCCAAGAAGCAGGCCGAGGCCGCCCUCGCGCAGUCGGGCCAGUACUAA